UAGGUAUUGUAGGACUGCACUGUAAUGUAGACAGGAAAACAAAGCAACCGAGAGUCCUAUAGCACCUGAAAGACCCACGUUGCAAUUUUAUGCAUAACUACGCAGAACGCUCACUGCUUUCGGCGGAGAUUAGUUCCUGGCACUUAGGAAAAGACGCUUCUUGGUUGUUCAAAGAAGCUGUUCUAGUUCGGUAGCUUUUGUCCUAUAUUGGGCUAAUUAUUCUUGCUGUGUACUUAAACUAGAUCUUCUUAGUGGAUUUGCUUCACUUGGUACACUGCUGAAGUCUAUAGCCUAGUGGCUGUCUUGUUGCCAAAGAAAUGGCUAUGCAUAUCUUCUUAGACAAAGAGAAUGGUGAACUGGGUACUACCACUACUACUAAGGAUCAGCUGAGAGUGCUAUCAGCACCUUCAAAGACAUUUGCUGAACGGUCUCACUCUAAGACUCCACUUGUUGGACGGACAGCUAAUGUAAAUGCAGCAGCAUCUAAAGGAGUCAGGAAAGCCCUGCAAAACUUGAACAAGCCACAGGCAACUGGCAAGGGUGAAUUCCCUAAAGGAGAAAAGUCCAUGUCUACAAAAAGGGCUUCUGAGAAUACAUCCAGACUUGAAAGCUGCAGCAUGGUUACUGAAGACUGGCCAGAAAAGGAGAAUCUGAUUUCCUAUAAUCCUCUGGAAUUCGAGAAUUUUGAGAUUCCUGAGGAGCACAGGCUAAGCCAUUUGUCACUGACUGGUGUUCCUCUUAUGACAUUUGGAAAUGUGCCUGACAUUUUCACAAGUCCAGUCCUUGUACCUAUAAAACCACCUUCCCUUUCAUGGGAUUAUGAUACUUUGCAAUCAAGGAAAGACUUUCUGGCUACCUUAGAUGAAAUAAUAAUUGAUCUUCCCCCUCCUUUGUAAUAUGUGAACAGGUUAUCUUUUUAAACUGAACUCUAAACAACUUGUAUCAUUUUGUAAUAAAGAAUGUCACUCUA